AUGCCGCGCGCGGCGCGGCGAUUUGGACGCCUGGUCGCACUCGUCGCAUGGGUCGCCGGAUGGGUCGCACUGGCCGUGUGGAUAGGGCUGUACACGCGGCGAGCGGCCGAAGCCCCGCGACAGACGGCGAUCGCCAACUGGUGCGCGGAGCGCGUUCGAUACCUUCACGCGGAGUUCGACUCGAAUGUGAAACAAGUGGAGAUUUUGGCGGGUCUGGUCAACCAAUUCAACGGGUUCAGCGCGACUCCGGGCAACAUGUCGUACUGGGGCUACUCGGGCUGCGUGGAUAAGGUCACGUGGGAGGUGCACCGUGCGGUUACCGGUUUCGCCAGGCCGUGGGUCACUUCGCUGUGGGGCGGUGUUAUCGCGGAUAAAGAUAGGCCAUGGGUAGAAGAGCAGCUGGGUUGCCAGUUCCGCUCCCCCAACGGCUCCCUCGCGCCCAGGAAUCCAUGGUACAGCAUCAACUUCUUCGCCUUCAAGUCCAUAUUCGGCCUGAGCGCGUGCCUGGACUUUGGCGCGGCCUUCCCCGCGCAGAUGGCGCAGAUGAUCGCCACCGGCCGCGCCGUCAGCUCCCCCGCUGUGCUUGCCCCCAACGGACGGCUGGGAUUCUUGUACGCGUUUCCAAUGUUCCGAAAGCCGAUAGCUGAGGGGGCGAGCAGGGAGGAGGUGGAGGCGAGUGUGGCGGGGUUCAUCGGUUGCGGGCUGGAUGUGGGGCUGCUGGUUUCUCAUGCCCUGGUCGACGUGCUGCACAACGGUGAGUUGCGGUGCAGAGUGGUGCAGAGCGGUGCAACGCUAUGCAGAGCGGUAGACGUCGCCGAGCCGUUCCCCGAGCCUGUCGUGGGCCGGCAGAUCCAAGCCUACUGCUCGCACCUCGUGCCGGGAAGCUCCUGGGCGCUCCUCUACGCGCCGCUCCUCCUCUCCCUCCUCGUCCUCCUCGUCUCCGCCCUCCUCUCUGUGAUAAUCCUCGUUCUUCGGCGGAAAGGCGCGGCAAUCAGAGAAGAAAUGCGCGCUGCAGAGGAGUACACUCUCCUCUUGGAGCGCGCGGAGCGCGCCAAAAGCGAGAGCAUCGCGUGUUUGAGCCAUGAUCUGCGCACACCUUUCAACGGCAUGCUGGGGAUGAUGGAUGAGCUGCUGGACACGCAGCUGGAGGAGUGGCAGAUGCGGGAUGUGGUGGACGCGCGGACGUACGCGGCAUCGGUAAUCGGGCUGCUGAGCACCAUUCUGGAUUUAGCAAAACUCCAGGCGGAUAUGCUGGAGUUAGAUUCUGUGCCCUUCAGCCUGCAUCAGUGUCUGGAGACGGCUGCUCGCUCGCUCUUCUCCGACGCGCAAGACAGACACCUCGAAUGUGAGUCGAGUCCAGGGGAUGCUGGGGUGGGCAUGCUGGGGAUGAUGGGGGAUGCAAAACUCCAGGCGGAUAUGCUGGAGUUGGAUUCCGUGCCGUUCAGCCUGCACCAGUGUUUGGAAACGGCCGCUCGCUCGCUCUUCUCCGACGCACAAGACAGACACCUCGAAUCAGCAACCGCAGGAGAAGGGACAGGAGGAGGAAAACCAGCAGCAAUUUCUACAGCAACAGCAGCAGCAGCAGCAGCAGCAGCAGCAGCAGCAGCAGCAGCAGCAGCAGCAGCAGCAGCAGCAGCAGCAGCAGCAGCAGCAGCAGCAGCAGCAGCAGCAGCAGCAGCAGCAGCAGCAGCAGCAGCAGCAGCAGCAGCAGCAGCAGCAGCAGCAGCGGCAGGGGGAAGUAGUAGGGCAGAAACAGCAGCAAGGAGAGCAAAAGCAGGGGAGGAGGGAGAUGAGAGCGAGAGAGAAAGAGAAGAGGGGGAGGAUGAGGGGGAUGAGGAUGAGGAAGAGGAGGAGGAGGAUGAGGGGGAUGAGGAUGAGGAAGAGGACGAGGAGGAUGAGGGGGAUGAGGAUGAGGAAGAGGACGAGGAGGAUGAGGGGGAUGAGGAUGAGGAAGAGGACGAGGAGGAUGAGGGGGAUGAGGAUGAGGAAGAGGAGGAGGAGGAUGGGAAGGAGUUACGUGGAGGUAACCUGCCCCCCAGCAAUCAUCCAUCGAAAACCCCUUACAAGCCUCCUGAGUCAACCCAGUCAAGGCAGUCAACGGGUGCCACACUGGGGGUUUCAGGGGCACCGAGGGGGGGAACGGGGGGAGUGACGGGGGGAGAAAGGGAAACGGGGCAAAGAGUGGCGGCAAAGGAAGAGGAAGUGGUGGUGGUGAUGGUGUGUGAAGAUACGGGGUGUGGCAUUCCGUCUCAGGAGCUGCUUUGGGGUGCGAAGAAGGGGAUGCAUAGUGGUGGAGAGGUGUUGCAGGGGCAGGCAGAAUGGAGCCCGUAUCCUGUUCGAUUCCUCCUAUCCACUGGGCUGGUUCGUCUUAUGCGGGGAUCCAUGGGAGUGGCUUCAGAAGAGGGUGUAGGAACCACCAUCCUAGUCAGCCUGCCAAUGAGAGCGCGACACCUGGCAGGAGAAGACACCUCUCCUGUGGAUGAAGCCACGGUUGGGGAUGCCGGGCCUUGGCUGGAGGCUCGGCGAAGCGUUCUAGAAGCAGACGCGUUCGGCCCGGCGACAGGGUUUGGGUUCGGCAAGCGGGUGAUUUCCCACUGGCAGCACCAGCAGCGCCAUGGGGGGCGAGAAACGCCGCCACCGUCCCCCACCACUCCGCACCCCUCCUCCUUCCCUUCGAGCUCGUCCGGCGGCCCAUCGGUUUCCCCGCCGCCUGCACUGCUUCCCACACCGCUGCCGCUGCCGCUCCCAUCGCCGCACCCAACGCCACACCUGCCUACCGCACCAGACCCACUGCUACCCAUGCCGCAUCCGCUUCCCACGUCAGACUCGCUUCCCACGCCGCGGCCGCUGCCGCAGCUGCCUCCGAGUGUGUCUCUCCCGCCGCUGGUGCUGACGGGGAGGAGUGCGUGUGAGGUGGUGCAGGCACGGGCAGCCGGGUUUAGCGACGUGCUUUCACGCCCAUGGAUGGCCAGCGAUGCUGCUCGCCUGCUGCAAGAGGUAUGCAUGUUAGGUGCAUCAGGUAGGGAUGGUGCCUGGGGUGCAUCAGACAGGGGUGCUGGGGUGCUGACGGGGAGGAGUGCGUGUGAGGUGGUGCAGGCUAGAGCAGCUGGGUUUAGCGACGUUCUCGCUCGCCCAUGGAUGGCCAGUGAUGCUGCCCGCCUGCUGCAAGAGGUAGGCAUGUUAGUUGCAUCAGGUGGGGGUGGUGCUGGGGUGCUGUCCGGGAGGAGUGCGUGUGAGGAAGUGCAGGCACGGCUUGGAGUAUGCAUCGGCAGUACUAACUGUGCUGGGGAGGAGGGGCGUGCUGGGGAGGAGGGGCGUGCUGGGGAGGAGGGGCGUGCUGGGGAGGAGGGGCGUGCUGGGGAGGAGGGGCGUGCUGGGGAGGAGGGGCGUGCUGGGGAGGAGGGGCGUGCUGGGGAGGAGGGGCGUGCUGGGGAGGAGGGGCGUGCUGGGGAGGAGGGGCGUGCUGGGGAGGAGGGGCGUGCUGGGGAGGAGGGGCGUGCUGGGGAGGAGGGGCGUGCUGGGAGGCUGGGGGGAGGGGGGCGUGCUGGGGAGGAGGGCGUGCUGGGAGGAGGGGCGUGCUGGGGAGGAGGGGCGUGCUGGGGAGGGGGCGUGCUGGGGAGGAGGGGCGUGCUGGGGAGGAGGGGCGUGCUGGGGAGGAGGGGCGUGCUGGGAGGAGGGGGUGCUGGGGAGGAGGGGCGAGCUGGGAGGAGGGGCGUGCUGGGAAGGAGGGGGCGUGCUGGGGAGGAGGGGCGUGCUGGGGAGGAGGGGCGUGCUGGGGAGGGGGGGGGCGCGUGCUGGGGAGGAGGGGCGUGCUGGGGAGGAGGGGUGUGCUGGGGAGGAGGGCGUGCUGGGAAGGAGGGGCGUGCUGGGAAGGAGGGGCGUGCUGGGGAGGAGGGGGCUGGGGAGGAGGGGCGUGCUGGGGAGGAGGGGGUGCUGGGGAGGAGGGGCGUGCUGCUGGGGAGGAGGGGAGGGGCGUGCUGGGGAGGAGGGGCGUGCUGGGGAGGAGGGGGUGUGCGGAAGGAGGGGCGUGCUGGGAAGGAGGGGCGUGCUGGGGAGGAGGGGCGUGCUGGGAAGGAGGGGCGUGCUGGGAAGGAGGGGCGUGCUGGGGGGGAGGGGCGUGCUGGGGAGGAGGGGCGUGCUGGGGAGGAGGGGCGUGCUGGGGAGGAGGGGUGUGCUGGGAAGGAGGGGUGUGCUGGGAAGGAGGGGCGUGCUGGGGAGGAGGGGCGUGCUGGGGAGGAGGGGCGUGCUGGGGAGGAGGGGCGUGCUGGGAAGGAGGGGUGUGCUGGGAAGGAGGGGUGUGCUGGGAAGGAGGGGCGUGCUGGGAAGGAGGGGCGUGCUGGGGAGGAGGGGCGUGCUGGGGAGGAGGGGCGUGCUGGGGAGGAGGGUGUGUGCUGGGAAGGAGGGGCGUGCUGGGAAGGAGGGGCGUGCUGGGAGGAGGGGCGUGCUGGGAAGGAGGGGCGUGCUGGGAAGGAGGGGCGUGCUGGGAAGGAGGGGCGUGCUGGGAAGGAGGGGCGUGCUGGGAAGAGGGGUGUGCUGGGAAGGAGGGGUGUGCUGGGAAGGAGGGGUGUGCUGGGAAGGAGGGGUGUGCUGGGAAGGAGGGGCGUGCUGGGAAGGAGGGGUGUGCUGGGAAGGAGGGGCGUGCUGGGAAGGAGGGGCGUGCUGGGAAGGAGGGGCGUGCUGGGAAGGAGGGGCGUGCUGGGAAGGAGGGGCGUGCUGGGAAGGAGGGGUGCUGGGAAGGAGGGGGUGUGCUGGGAAGGAGGGUGUGCUGGGAAGGAGGGGUGUGCUGGGAAGGAGGGGCGUGCUGGGAAGGAGGGGCGUGCUGGGAAGGAGGGGCGUGAGGAGGGGCGUGCUGGAAGGAGGGGCGUGCUGGGAAGGAGGGGUGUGCUGGGGAGGAGGGGCGUGCUGGGGAGGAGGGGCGUGGGGGGUGGGGGGGAGGGGGCGUGCUGGGGAGGAGGGGCGUGCUGGGGAGGAGGGGCGUGCUGGGGAGGAGGGGCGUGCUGGGGAGGAGGGGCGUGCUGGGAAGGAGGGGCGUGCUGGGAAGGAGGGGCGUGCUGGGGAGGAGGGGCGUGCUGGGGAGGAGGGGCGUGCUGGGGAGGAGGGGGCGUGCUGGGGAGGAGGGGCGUGCUGGGGAGGAGGGGCGUGCUGGGAGGAGGGGUGUGCUGUGUGAGGGAAGGAGGGGCGUGCUGGGAAGGAGGGGUGUGCUGGGGAGGAGGGGCGUGCUGGGGAGGAGGGGCGUGCUGGGGAGGAGGGGCGUGCUGGGGAGGAGGGGUGUGCUGGGAAGGAGGGGGGCGUGCUGGGAGGAGGGGUGUGCUGGGGAGGAGGGGCGUGCUGGGGAGGAGGGGCGUGCUGGGGAGGAGGGGCGUGCUGGGGAGGAGGGGCGUGCUGGGGAGGAGGGGUGUGCUGGGAAGGAGGGGCGUGCUGGGAAGGAGGGGCGUGCUGGGAGGAGGGGCGUGCUGGGGAGGAGGGGCGUGCUGGGGAGGAGGGGCGUGCUGGGGAGGAGGGGCGUGCUGGGGAGGAGGGGCGUGCUGGGGAGGAGGGGCGUGCUGGGGAGGAGGGGGGUGCUGGGAAGGAGGGGCGUGCUGGGGAGGGAGGGGCGUGCUGGGGAGAGGGGGGCGUGCUGGGAGGAGGGGCGUGCUGGGGAGGAGGGCGUGCUGGGGAGGAGGGGGGCGUGCUGGGAAGGAGGGGCGUGCUGGGAAGGAGGGGCGUGCUGGGGAGGAGGGGCGUGCUGGGGAGGAGGGGCGUGCUGGGGAGGAGGGGCGUGCUGGGGAGGAGGGGCGUGCUGGGGAGGAGGGGCGUGCUGGGGAGGAGGGGCGUGCUGGGGAGGAGGGGCGUGCUGGGAAGGAGGGGUGUGCUGGGAAGGAGGGGUGUGCUGGGAAGGAGGGGCGUGCUGGGAAGGAGGGGCGUGCUGGGGAGGAGGGGCGUGCUGGGGAGGAGGGGCGUGCUGGGGAGGAGGGCGUGCUGGGAAGGAGGGGCGUGCUGGGAAGGAGGGGCGUGCUGGGAAGGAGGGGUGUGCUGGGAAGGAGGGGUGUGCUGGGAAGGAGGGGUGUGCUGGGAAGGAGGGGCGUGCUGGGAAGGAGGGGCGUGCUGGGAAGGAGGGGCGUGCUGGGAAGGAGGGGGCGUGCUGGGAAGGAGGGGCGUGCGGGAAGGAGGGGUGUGUGUGGGAAGGAGGGGUGUGCUGGGAAGGAGGGGUGUGCUGGGAAGGAGGGGCGUGCUGGGAAGGAGGGGCGUGCUGGGAAGGAGGGGCGUGCUGCUGGAGGAGGGGCGUGCUGGGGAGGAGGGGCGUGCUGGGAAGGAGGGGUGUGCUGGGAAGGAGGGGCGUGCUGGGGAGGAGGGGCGUGCUGGGGAGGAGGGGCGUGCUGGGGAGGAGGGGCGUGCUGGGGAGGAGGGGCGUGCUGGGGGGGAGGGGCGUGCUGGGGAGGAGGGGCGUGCUGGGAAGGAGGGGCGUGCUGGGAAGGAGGGGCGUGCUGGGGAGGAGGGGCGUGCUGGGGAGGAGGGGCGUGCUGGGGAGGAGGGGCGUGCUGGGGAGGAGGGGCGUGUGCUGGGGAGGAGGGGUGUGCUGGGGAGGAGGGGCGUGCUGGGAAGGAGGGGCGUGCUGGGGAGGAGGGGCGCGUGCUGGGAGGAGGGGCGUGCUGGGGAGGAGGGGCGUGCUGGGGAGGAGGGGCGUGCUGGGAAGGAGGGGCGUGCUGGGGAGGAGGGGCGUGCUGGGGAGGAGGGGCGUGCUGGGGAGGAGGGGCGUGCUGGGGAGGAGGGGCGUGCUGGGGAGGAGGGGUGUGCUGGGAAGGAGGGGGUGUGCUGGGAAGGAGGGGCGUGCUGGGAGGAGGGGCGUGCUGGGGAGGAGGGGGUGCUGGGGAGGAGGGGCGUGCUGGGAGGAGGGGCGUGCUGGGGAGGAGGGGCGUGCUGGGGAGGAGGGGUGUGCUGGGGAGGAGGGGUGUGCUGGGAGGAGGGGGGUGCUGGGGAGGAGGGGCGUGCUGGGGAGGAGGGGCGUGCUGGGGAGGAGGGGCGUGCUGGGGAGGAGGGGCGUGCUGGGGAGGAGGGGCGUGCUGGGGAGGAGGGGCGUGCUGGGAAGGAGGGGCGUGCUGGGAAGGAGGGGCGUGCUGGGAAGGAGGGGCGUGCUGGGAGGAGGGGCGUGCUGGGGAGGAGGGGCGUGCUGGGGAGGAGGGGCGUGCUGGGGAGGAGGGGCGUGCUGGGGAGGAGGGGCGUGCUGGGGAGGAGGGGCGUGCUGGGAGGGAGGGGCGUGCUGGGAAGGAGGGGCGUGCUGGGAAGGAGGGGUGUGCUGGGAAGGAGGGGUGUGCUGGGAAGGAGGGGGCGUGCUGGGGAGGAGGGGGCGUGCUGGGGAGGAGGGGCGUGCUGGGGAGGAGGGGUUGUGCUGGGAAGGAGGGGCGUGCUGGGAGGAGGGCGUGCUGGGAGGAGGGGCGUGCUGGGAAGGAGGGCGUGCUGGGAAGGAGGGGCGUGCUGGGAAGGAGGGGGCGUGCUGGGAAGGAGGGGCGUGCUGGGAAGGAGGGGUGUGCUGGGAAGGAGGGGUGUGCUGGGAAGGAGGGGUGUGCUGGGAAGGAGGGGUGUGCUGGAAGGAGGGGUGUGCUGGAAGGAGGGGUGUGCUGGGAAGGAGGGUGUGCUGGGGAGGAGGAGGUGUGCUGGGGAGGAGGGGCGUGCUGGGAAGGAGGGGUGUGCUGGGAAGGAGGUGUGCUGGGAAGGAGGGGCGUGCUGGGAAGGAGGGGCGUGCUGGGAAGGAGGGGUGUGCUGGGAAGGAGGGGUGUGCUGGGAAGGAGGGCGUGCUGGGAAGGAGGGGCGUGCUGGGAAGGAGGGGCGUGCUGGGAAGGAGGGGCGUGCUGGGAAGGAGGGGCGUGCUGGGAAGGAGGGGUGUGCUGGAAGGAGGGGUGUGCUGGGGAGGAGGGCGUGCUGGGCAGGAGGGGCGUGCUGGGAAGGAGGGGUGUGCUGGAAGGAGGGGGUGUGCUGGGGAGGAGGGGCGUGCUGGGGAGGAGGGGCGUGCUGGGGAGGAGGGGUGCUGGGGAGGAGGGGUGUGCUGGGGAGGAGGGGUGUGCUGGGAAGGAGGGGCGUGCUGGGAAGGAGGGGCGUGCUGGGAAGGAGGGGUGUGCUGGGAAGGAGGGGUGUGCUGGGAAGGAGGGGUGUGCUGGGAAGGAGGGGUGUGCUGGGAAGGAGGGGUGUGCUGGGGAGGAGGGGGGGUGUGCUGGGAAGGAGGGGUGUGCUGGGAAGGAGGGGUGUGCUGGGAAGGAGGGGUGUGCUGGGAAGGAGGGGUGUGCUGGGGAGGAGGGGUGUGCUGGGAAGGAGGGGUGUGCUGGGGAGGAGGGGUGUGCUGGGAAGGAGGGGUGUGCUGGGAAGGAGGGGUGUGCUGGGGGGAGGGGCGUGCUGGGGAGGAGGGGCGUGCUGGGGAGGAGGGCGUGCUGGGGAGGAGGGGCGUGCUGGGGAGGAGGGGCGUGCUGGGGGUGGGGAUGGGCGUGCUGGGGGGGGGGAGGGGCGUGCUUGGGGGGGGGGGAGGGGCGUGCUGGGGGGGGGGAGGGGCGUGCUUGGGGGGGGGAUGGGCGUGCUUGGGGGAGGGGAGGGGCGUGCUGGGGGAGGGAUGCAUCAGCAAGACUAAGGGACAUGCUGGCGGGCAGGGAGGUGCUGGUGGUGGAUGACAACGCCGUCAACCGCCUCGUGGCCCGGAAGAGAGCUUCCUUACCCCUCUCCUCCCUUCCCUUUCCCCUCUCUCCCCUUUUCUUUCCCCCAUUUUCCUGUCAGAUUUUCGCCCCGCCUGCAGCUCCCUCUGCGCCCAGCGCGCAGGCAGAGGCCUCAGAGCAACGGGACGACCUUCCACAGCAACUGCUUUCCCGGCUCGCCCUGGAAGACGCAUCGGCCGUGUUAAGAUCCAUGCUGGCCGGCAGGGAGGUGCUGGUGGUGGAUGACAACGCCGUCAACCGCCUCGUGGCCCGGAAGAGCCUCGUGGGGCUGGGGCGCGCGUGGAGCUGGCUGCCAGUGGGGAGCUGGCGCUGCAGCGCUUACUGCACCCCCACUCGUUUGUGCUCGCCCUCGUGGACAUCAACAUGCCUCCAGGAAUCGACGGGUGAGUUUUGA